GGACUAAUUACAGACUGGGUUGAGCCUAGCGCAAAUGUUGCCUUCAGGCACCGCCGCCAGUGGUCACAGGUGAUUUUCAUCAAAUCUGAGGCUCAAAAGAAAGCUGACCGGUGGCAUCAACUAAAACACAAACUGGUCGAAGUGUCUCGAAAUCGCUCCCCACACAUACUAUGACAGUCCUUUGGACGCUGCUACCACAUACGGCUACAAUAGUAACUACGAACACAAUCAUUGCCACCAUUCCAACGUGUGUAUCCCCUACUACAAGUACUGUGUACGGGUCUAUUUCAUUAUGCGGAGCACCCGCGGCUACGUACCCCAGUCCUACAACCGGACAAAUUACCUGCACACAACCUGCCGAUGCGCCUUCUGAGUCCGUCAACGCUUUCCACCAUAUUGAGGCCGACGACACGCAAGGCACAGCAUUCGAAGGAUGCAUCUUUGCGGGACCUAGUGAUAGCACAACCCUAAGUCGCGGUACCCACCAAUGCGGAACCAGCACCGGUGUUUCCCUAUCAUCGCGAAAGGAUGCAGCCGCACGACUCAUCGGAUUCACGUACGCCGGAACGUAUUCCCCCUUAUUCCAGGACUACUUCAUCACGCGCAUCGCAUCUACGGCGCAGACUGACAUUCAAUCCUGGGGCGUGUUGAAUAAUAGUGUGUUCACAACGUUGGGUGGAUGUGGCGCGCAGGCCUAGCCAGGAGACAGCUCGCUUUGUCAGUGGUAUACGUUUAACAGUAACAAGGUGCUGCUCACCAUCACGCCUGCAUAUGCGGUCACUGAGACCGGCUCAAGCUUUCAGAUCGCCGUCAC